UUAUUUACAGUAAGAAUUUAAGUUUGGUGUUUCGAAUAAGUUCUUACUCGAAACGCUCAGAGAAUCAAUACAUAAUAUAGAGUACAUAUAGAUAGGGUGUAUCACGAUUAAGGGCGGCAAGAUGAUAGACAUCCUGUCGCUGCCGCGCCGGAACAAGGUGUCCGGUAACCCGGCACUUUUAAAGAUGCUCUCCUCGUACAAGACCGGGCUGCCCAUCAACAGUCUGCCCGGCUGGGAGCUGAUUCCCCUUAACUGCAAGCUGCCCAUGCUCAAGUGUCCCGGGAAUCAAGUUAUAUUCUCAAAGAAUAAGAUCGGACAGUCGUUCAAGAGCGGCAUGCAGGAGUUCGUGUCCUCUGUUACGGAGCACAUUCCCGAAUACAAUCCGUUGCACGACUCCAACCUAAAGACCUUCUACUCCAACGAGCGCAACCUGAAGCGCCUGCGCGAGAACGGCGAGAUCACGCAGGACAACGAUGUGAUCUGCAAUUUAAAGGACUUCAAUCAGCACCGCCAGGAGCUGCACAAGUCGCAGCUCUACUACAUCCUGCAGGCGUACAAGAGGCGCGAGCAGGAGCAAUACGACCGAAUGUUGAUUGCCAAUGCCGAGGCGAUUACGAAGAGGGAUCAUCAGAAUCUGGCGGCUCGGCACCAGUGCACCGACCAGGUGCUGACCCGGAAGCAGCAGCUGGAGGCCGAGCGUCACGAGCGGAAGGUGCAUCUCCUAAACAUUACGUACGAGAAGUUCAAGCGGCUCGAAAACCUGGCCACCAUGCAGAACAUGCUGCUGGAGAACCGCAAGAUGCUAACGAACAUGAGAGUGGCUGCGCAUAUCAGCAUGUGCGAGGAUCUACAGCGGAAGCAACUAAUCAAGCAGAAGAAGCUUUUUCAGUUCAAGAAGGACCGGUUCAACAAGAACAUGCGGCUACUGAGGAAACAGCGGCUGAACAAGAGCACCGAACACCAGAUUCAGUCCUGGCACAAGCGUCUGGACGAGCGCAUUGCCCACCAGGGGCGGAUCAACUACCUGCUCCAGGAUGUGGAGAAGGAGCGGGCGAAGUUCAUCGAGAGACACAAGGCCCUGUACAGGGAAAAGUGGCAGAAGAUUCAGGACGAGAUCAAGGAGCGGUCCCGCAAAUCUGUUGCCGCUCGCAGACCCAAGAGUAAAAAACGCCGCAGGCCAAAGCGGCCACAGCCGUCGCAGGUAUCGAAACACACCUUCUGCGACGAGUACGAGGCCACCUUCGAGGGUCUGCUGGACAACGAUCUGUGCUAUGCUUUGAAUGCCGCCAUUGCCAUGGAGGGCCAGACGCCGCUGACCUUUGCUCCCGAUGAUCCCAUCUACAAGGCGGCCCGCUAUAUACUCGAUCACAUAAUCACCGGCUUCAACGAGGAUCUCAGCGAGGACGAAUGCGCUUUACUGGUCCUCAGCUCACGCAUCCAGGAGUUUAUCUGCGAUGCCAAGAAAUAUGUACAUUCUAAAGCUGCCCAGAUCAUUGGUUUUGCAAGGGACCACUGCGCCAUUGAGGUGCCAACAUCGUUGGCCAGACCAGCGGCACCGCAAAGGAAUCACUCGCGUGCCUCGCACGUCUCCUUUAGCGGAGUGGCCAGCACCAUUGGCGUGGGCAGCUACGAGAUCCAUCCGUUUGUGGAUGUCCGUCCUUGUACGGACCGCAGACCCACGCCGGCGGGUUCGUUGGCCUCGCUGGCAGUCAGCCAGAUUGGCGAGCGGGUGAUCCAGGACAGAUCGCGAAUGCCGCAUCUCAAGCGCAACCAGAUCGUGUACAUCGAGCACUAUCUGGUGAAGUUCAAACGGGACUUGCUGGUGGGCCUGGACAAGCUGGUCUUUGCAGCCAUUCAGUGUCAUUUUGAUAACCAAAUGAUGGAGGUACGCGAGGAGCUGCUAGCCCUGGACAGGAAUUAUCUUUUCGAUCAGAUCGCACGGGGCAUACUCAGCUAUGCGGUGAAUGCGCUCAACUAUCAGUCAGUGCUCAAGCUGAGCGUGAGCGUGCUGUCCUGCGAGGUCAUAUGGGAGCUGCAGCAGACAAUGCUCAAGCCGGGCAUUGAUCCGCGAGGCAUGAACCAUCCCAUGUCCUGUGGCACCGAAAGGGAGCGCGAGAACCUCGUUCUCUGCAUCCCAUAGAAGGAAGAGGAGCAGCACAUAGACCUGCCAACAAAUUUCAAGUAAAAACUGGCGACCAUUCUUUCAUUUCUGGGUCUUCCGAUCAACUAAAUUGCCUGUGAUUUGUUUGUUGUGAAUAUCUUGUUGAAUAAAAUAUGUUAAUUUGUUUGCGAUAAUGAA